CUGGCUUCCCCUACAAGUAGGCACGAGCAGAGUCGGAGGCGACCAGAGCCGGGUAGCAGCAUCUUCCCCCUUCAGCACUCUCCCGUAUCAUCAUCCACUGCGUAAUCUUCUCGACUCUUCCUCUCCACUGGCCCGUAUUAGGUAUUUCGCUAUGGGUAACGGGACCGCUCCAGACGAUGUUGGAAACAGUGACGAAUUGAUACCUUCUUCUCCCUCGCCCGGGUUAGUGAUACUACGUCCUUGGACCAAUUCCUUUGUCCUUUUUUUUCUUUUUCUUUUCUCUCUCUCUCUCUCUCUCUCUUUCUCUCUCUCUGUCUCUCUCAACUUACUUGCGAAGACGGUCCGUCCUGUUGUCUUGCGAUGGUGUUUGCUCGGGCGAUUGUUGCCCGUGAGGCACGACGGAGAAAUGCCAAAUGCCAAUGCCUUGCUGCUGCUGCUGCUGCUGCUGCUGCUGCUGCCCAAUCUCGUGCGCCACUCAUGAGGAACCGAGUCGAUUGGUAAAGCAAACAGGUCGGGAUCAUGUUGGGCGUGGAUGGCGGGUAGGAAGCAAAUUGACUUGUUGUGUCAAAACAAGACGGCGUGAUAAGCGGUUAUUCUACCUCAACCAAGGCAUUGACGAUGACAGAUUCAAUUUCGGCAACCAACUUGAAGGCAGCAGCCCUCGGACAAGCGACGCCGAGAUAUCGGCUGCCCUGAGCAACUACGACAGCCUUGAAACCACGGCGAUAGUCGAUGUCUCUUACCGAAAGAACAGGGUCACAUGGAGGGCUGCAAAUGGCGAGACGAGGCAGAUUUUCGACCUGUCGCUCGACUUGUACGCCAACACAGCGACCAACACCUCCAUCUUCAAGCUGUACAGCUACAUUAUUCGCAAAGGCAGCAAAGGCCGGAGCAACAAGCAGGCCGUUUACCUGUUCAUCCACCCGGAGAACGUCCGCUUCAUCACCUGCGAGACGUCUCGCAACGCACGACGGCCAAAGUCAAAAGCCCACAAGCCGCAGACCUACUACGAACUGCACUUUUCCCUGGCGGAAUGCCCCAACAUCGUUGUGCCCAAGGACCGCGCCUUCGAAUCCAAGGACAGGACCAGGGCGCAGCUGGAUCUGAUUCAAGAGCUGGCCAGCGCGACCGAUUUUGUCGUCCACCUCAACAGCACAGGCAUCAACGCGUCGAAACUGGACGACCUGAGACUGCUGGGAUGCAUGUUUUCGCCUACUUUUACCGAGCACCGCCCUACCACGGACUUUAGACGAGCGAACCUGGCGACGCUCUAUGCCGGCAACGGAGGCGAGAUUGUUGGGAUGAACAGGGGAGUUGUGCAGUCGAUCGAGGUAGAUCCGCCUCCAUAUGUUGGCCCCGCGCCGGAUUCUUGCAUGGUAUCCAAUGAAUACCAUGGCUCCGAUUCCGAAGGAGACUAUAACGACGAUGAUGGCGACGACGAAGAAGAGGAAGAGGAGGACAACAGCGCCUUUGCGAACCACGUGCUGUUACUUUUGAACGAUCUUCAGGCCCAUUUCAACGUUGUCGAACGAUAUUUUGAUGGCAUGGAGCGGCGCCUUGACGGACUAGAGCGCUGCGUGCAGCAACGGCGGCAUGAAAUUACUUUUGCGUUGGCAAUGGCCAAUAGACACUACAACAACAAGAACAAUAACAGCAACAACGGCAGCAACAGCAACAAUAACGGCAGCAACGGCAAC